UCCACUCCCCAGUCCAUUUCACCUCUGUAAUGGUAGUUGGGUUCUCCAAGAAUGGUAGAUAGAUGGAAGGACCCCAUCACUGGUACCACCCCCCUAAACAACAGAGUACCCCAAGUUUAAAACUCACACUCCUCCCUCAAGCAGUCCAACUGACCCCUCUCUCUCUCUCUCUCUCUCUCUUGCUCAAUCUCACCAGAACUCUCAUGGCUCCAAAGAAGGAUCAACCCAACAAAAGGAUUGUAAACAAAGGAGCAUGGACAACUGAAGAAGAUCAAAAAUUGGCUCAAUUUAUUGAAGUCCAUGGAGCAAAGAAGUGGAAACUAGUUGCAAUAAAAGCAGGCUUGAACAGAUGUGGGAAGAGUUGCAGGUUGAGAUGGUUAAAUUAUUUAAGACCCAACAUCAAAAGAGGCAAUAUCUCUGAUCAAGAAGAGGAUUUGAUACUUAGACUCCAUAAACUACUGGGUAACAGGUGGUCUUUGAUUGCUGGAAGGCUACCAGGAAGAACUGAUAAUGAAAUUAAGAACUACUGGAAUUCUCAUUUGAGCAAGAAAGUAAAUCAGAAGCAGAAAGAAACUGAAGAUUCAAUAACACAGAACUCCCAACCCGAAAGUUGGAACAGUGUAAAGGUGAAUGAAGAAAGUGGAGACUCAAAGACUAGUUGGGCCUUCCAAUUUGGAACAGAUGAGUGAUUUCCAAAGGGACCCUGAAACUGGUUUUAACCUGGAAGAGUGGUUUGAUUUCUCAAAUGAAGAAUCUUCCAGUUUAGAGUGGGUGAGGAAAUUUCUUGAACCUGAUCAGAGCUUCUAUGGAUUUUCUUGAUCUCUCUCUCUCUC